CGAUGGAUUUGCAGCCCUAAAUAGUACUUUCCAAGUAAAAUAAGCGGUUGAUACUAACAUUGCGUUACGGUCUCCAAAAAAUGAAAAAGUGAAAAUCCAUAAAAGUAUUGAUUGAAAGCCAAGCAAAACAAGAGCGCUAGGGUGCAUACAUUCGUUGGAAGCAGCGUGGCGUACAAAUUAUGCUAAAGAGCAUCAAUGCUGCCUUCCAAUAUGAAAAAAUCAAAUUCAACUACUACAGCGCCAGCAGGAACAUCGCCAGCGACAACAGCAUCAGCAGAUAGCGUCGCGACAACGUCAACUGCUGCGCCAGCUUCAGCUGCCGCAUCCAAUGCAAGGAGUAACAGCGGCGAAUGUGGCGACUUCGCUGCUGCCCCAGCAUAUGACGCAUCAAAACAGCAGCAAGAAUUGACGCCUAGCUGCAAGGAACAAAAACUGCAGCCGCCUGAUGAGCAACCGAUAGCCAUACACUAUUUGGCCAGCUUCCACGAGAUUUGUGUGGUUACGGCCCUGUUGCCCUUGGUAACACUCUUCACAUGCUUUGUGACCGCCUACGUCUUCCAGUACGACGAUGUACACGAGACACAUUGCCGGGUCUAUAACAUAAUACCCUCGAUAAGUGCAAUUACUGGGGUUAGUCCGCAGCGAUAUUUCUGGCGCUUUAGCAUUGCGCUUCAUAUCGGGCCACGCAUACCCAUUGCCUUUGUCUAUAAGAACUAUUAUCGCGCCCAGUUGAAUCGCCUGGCGCCGUCGCUGGUGCCAAAGACCAGCUGGCUAAUUACAUUAAUUCUGGUGCUAAAUUGCAUUGAGAUUGCGGCGUUAGGCGGUGUGACCUAUAUAUCGAAUCGUGAGAACUAUCCUGUUCAUGAGAGAAUUUUCAUUACGUUUAUGGUGUGCUCGCUCUGCUAUAUGUUGGCUACCAUAAAGCUGAAUAGCAUAUUAAAUGCACGCCAAACGCUCAAUGCACAGCAGCUUCAAUCCAUCAAAUGGAAGAAAAUACUUUUUGUUGCUUCCAUAUUGAGCACCAUUGGUCUCCUGGUCUUUUUUGCCAAACACCGAUUCUAUUGCCAUGAUUUGGCAUUCAGUUGGUUUGCAUUCUUUGAGUACUUGAUUGCUAUUGCCAAUAUGCUGUUCCAUUUCACCAUUAUCUGGGACUUUCCGUCACAGUACAUGCUGAUAGUGCAGGGACCGCGAGAGAAUCUGACGCAGUAUUUAGGCACUAAGCCAAAAGUUAAUUAAGUUCCCUACCAGUUUUAUAGUCCUAGAUGAUCUUCACAUAUUUCGGCUUUUGUAAUCUAUAAAUUGGAAACUUAUAUACGCAAUCAUACACACAUUCGUAUACAUAUAUAGAAACAUACAAUUGUAUCAUUCAACUUCUUGACUACAACUAGCGCUUCCAUAACCAAAUAAAACGAAUGUAGGUAUGAAUACCUACAAUACAUUGAAAUAUACCUUGUAUUUCCCUCAUCUAUUUCAGUUUGUGAAUGAAUUAUAUCCAAUUAAAUUAUUUAUGAGGCAUUAUGUUAACUAUACGUACAAAAUGACAAACAAUGUUCCACAUUUUAUAUAGUCUUUAGUUAAAUAAGCAAUAUUUUUAUCGAAUUCCACAAUUAAGUACAAUGUGAAUAACCUGUGAGCUGCUCAUCUUUUUAAAUCAAAAACGAAAAAUGUCAAAUAUUACUUAUAAUGCUUAUCAGCAGAAUGCAUUGCUAUAUAUUAUUUACAUAAAAUUGUACAUCAUAAUCAUUUUAAGUUUUGAAAGAUUUCCAAUUCUUAUGUAGUAAUAUUUAAUAUACAUUUAAUUCCUAAAUUUUGAAAUGAAUAAUUUUGAUUUAAUAAUAAUAAACGAAAACGGAACUUGUGUUCAUGCUACACACAUGUUGAAAA